AUGGACGAGGGCAUGAACGUGGACAUUUCAGUACCGACGGAACAGAUCGUGCCAGAAGAGACGUCGCAUCACAAAGAACCUGGUGGCGACGCGCAGAAGGCAGAUGCGGAGCUCCUUACCAUUCUUGCUGCUACACAGAACGCGUGUCUCAAGGAAUUAGGAUACUCUCCUAUGCUACUACACGAAUUGCAAGAAUUACAGAAGCAAAAUGCCCAAUUGCAACAACAGUGCCACGAUGUGCAAAAACAUAACACGAUGCUUCGAGAUGCCAACGCGAAACUAUACUUGGAUAACCGCACGCUUGCGACAUUCGUUCAGCAACAAGAACAGCAUAGGAAGCUGUUAGAUGACCCCGCUGAUCAGCAGAAGCGAACAAUCUCCGAAUUACAUGAAAGAGUCCGGCUGCUCACGACUGAACGCGACGAGCUGUCUAGGAGUUUGCACGCAGCGUUCAACGAGAUUGUUGUGUUGCGGCAGGAGCUUGCGCGAUUUGUGCCGACGGCUACGGUUGCGCCGCCACCGCCCGGUGCUGCUUUGAUUCCUCUACCUGGGACGAGAAGUGCUGUCAUCCAUCCUCAUGUGCAGACUGUAAUUCCAGCCUCUGCCAGCCCCGCCCAACAUUGUGUAUCAUCCAAAUCUGCCGCACUUGAAGGUUCACCGGACAUGGUAGCAAGCACCACCUGGUCUCCGCAUCUUGCAGCCGGCGCAUCCGGCGCACCGAGGUUCUCUUCCAACGCUAGGGCCUCUCAAUACAACAGCUGCGCCGUCGGCCAUUUCACAUCAACGACGCCCGUCUGCCCCGGCACAGUUGAUCUCCGGACAUUCCGCUGGUCUCGUUCAGAGUCCAUUGGCCGCUUCUGCUAUCAACAACUUUUCGGGAAUGUCAUUGGCCGACAGCAAUCCAGCCACGCCUGUUUCCAGUCGACCGGGCACUUCGCAAGGCCACCUCCCUGUCUUUCCCCGCAAUCGACAAGCAGUUCUUUGGCGGGCGCAAUCAUCGAUCUCACUAGUGACGAUGAGCGAGAAGAUGCUGCGAAGAAGAGGAAACUCGACCACGCUCCUGCACCGGCCGCGGGGCCUUCGGGGGCGAAUGCAUCUAUCCCCGCUCCUGCUACGUCCAUACGUCAGCCCGAGACAGUCGGGAAUUUGUCCCCGACUCGGGCUGACAUAGCACCUCAAUCAGCAAUGCUGCCCAGAUCUCACCCUCCUCAACAGCACGUCGUCAGCCCUACCGCCCCUGUGGUUAUGUCCACCAUUACCUAUGCAGGGCAGGAACGCUCAGGUCUGCCACCUGCUCAACGUCCGCCGCUGCCCACGGCUGGUCCUGUCGGAGAUGUGACGAUGAUGAACGAGGGGGCGGAGCAGCCUGAAGAGCAGGGGACUACCAUUGAGGAAGAUUGUUUAGAAGCAAACUUCGACGAGGAUGAAGCGGACGAGACCAUCAAGUGGUGCCGAAUGUGCAGAUCUCGUCAGCGGGGCGGAUUCCCAGAGGAGGUCCCGACCCCGUUCAUCGACGCUCCAUAUCAGGUCCUCAUUGAGCACUGCGAGCAAGUCCAUCCUAAGGGCUGGGAGAUUCUCAAGGCACGAGUGGCGGAGGCUCGCGCGGCGGAGGAAGCCCCAGCCUAG